AUGGCCGAAGAUCGUGAGUCCAGUGAUCGGAAACAUGAAAAAUCAAAGAAGCGUGAUAGGGAACAUGAAAAAAAUGGUGUUAAGAAAGAAAUUAAACGAGAAUACAAAGAUGAGCCCUAUGAUUCAGGUUAUCAUUCCCAGAUUAAAAGAGAUUACAAAUUAAAUCAUAGUAUUAAGAAUGAAAAUUUCUCUGAUGAUGGUGACUUUAAUAUGUCCAGCCACAAGAGGAAACAAAGUGAUGAUGAUUUUUCUAUUAAGGAAGAAGUAGCGUCUGAUGAUGAUGACAUACCUUUAUCAAAUAGAAAACGCAAACAUUCUGGCAGUAGUGAAGAUGACGUUCCUCUGAGCGCUCGAACAAAGCAUAUUAAAAAAGAACACAACAGCAGUCAUAAAAAACAUAAAAAAGAUAAAGAACAUAAGAGUAAACAUAAAGAAAAGGAUAGAAAUCAUUCAUCUAGAGAUUCUAAACAUAAGGUAAAAAAAGAAAAUAAUUCAUCUCAAAAAGAAAGUCCCGUUAAAGGUACAACAAAGAAAAAGAAGGAAGAAGAACCGCAAGAAGUAUGGAAAUGGUGGGAAGAAGAGAAAAAAGAUGAUGGUGUUAAAUGGAAGUUUUUGGAACAUAAAGGACCUGUAUUUGCUCCAGCGUAUGAACCUUUACCGAGUAAUGUUAAAUUCUAUUAUAAUGGUAAGCAAGUAGUUCUUUCUGAGUUGGCAGAAGAAGUAGCGACAUUCUAUGCUAAAAUGCUUGAACAUGAUUAUACAACAAAAGAAGUAUUUAAUAAGAACUUUCUCAAAGACUGGCGCAAAACUAUGACACCCAAAGAAAAGGAUUUAAUAACUGAUCUUUCAUUAUGUAACUUUAAAGAGAUGAAUGUAUAUUUUACUAAAAAAUCAGAGGAACGUAAAGCUAUGAGUAAAGAGGAAAAAAAGAAAAUAAAAGAAGAAAACGAAGCUUUGCAAAAAGAGUAUGGGUUUUGUACUAUUGAUGGUCAUAAAGAAAAGAUUGGUAAUUUCAAAAUAGAACCACCUGGUUUAUUUAGAGGACGAGGUGAACAUCCUAAGAUGGGUAUGUUAAAAAAACGAGUAGUACCCGAAGAUGUCUUAAUUAAUUGUAGUAAAGAUUCUAAUAUACCUAAACCUCCUCCUGGUCACAAAUGGAAAGAAGUCAGACAUGACUUUGGUGUCACAUGGCUUGCUAGCUGGAUAGAAAACGUUCAAGGUCAAGUUAAAUAUGUUAUGUUAAAUCCAUCUUCUAAACUUAAGGGUGAAAAAGAUUGGCAAAAGUACGAGACUGCUAGAAGAUUAGCAAAAUCAAUUGAUAAGAUAAGAGAAAAUUAUAUUAAUGACUGGAAAUCUCGUGAAAUGCAUGUACGACAAAGGUCAGUUGCUUUGUAUUUCAUUGAUAAAUUGGCAUUGAGAGCAGGAAAUGAAAAAGAUGAAGACCAAGCUGAUACUGUUGGUUGUUGCUCUUUACGUGUGGAACACAUACAAUUACAUGAAGAAUUUAAUGACAAAGAAUAUGUAGUUGUAUUUGAUUUCCUUGGUAAAGAUUCCAUUAGAUAUUACAACGAAGUACCUGUAGAAAAAAGAGUUUUCAAAAACUUGAAGAUAUUUAUGGAAAAUAAAAAAGGUAGUGAUGAUUUAUUUGAUCGUUUGAACACAUCAAUAUUGAAUCAACACUUGCAUGAACUUAUGGAUGGACUUACUGCAAAAGUUUUCCGUACUUUCAAUGCUUCAUGGACCCUUCAACAACAACUAGAAAAAUUAACUGAUCCAAACGUGUCUGUUGCGGAGAAAAUCUUACAAUAUAAUCGAGCGAAUCGUGCAGUUGCUAUUUUGUGUAACCAUCAACGUGCUAUACCAAAAACACACGAAAAGUCAAUGGGAAACUUAAAGGAAAAGAUUCAAACUAAAAGAGCGGCUGUAAAGGAAGCUAAGGAUCAAUAUAAACAAGCCAAACGAGAUGUAAAAGACGGCAGUGUGCAUUCCAAGGCUCAGUUAGAAAAAAGGAAAAAAGCUUUAGAACGAUUAAAGGAACAAUUGACUAAAUUAGAAGUUCAAGAAACUGACAAGGAAGAAAACAAGACAAUUGCUUUGGGUACGUCCAAAUUGAACUAUUUAGAUCCGCGUAUAUCAGUAGCUUGGUGCAAAAAGUUCAACGUUCCUAUUGAGAAGAUAUACAAUAAAACGCAAAGAGACAAGUUUAGAUGGGCCAUUGACAUGGCUGGACCAGAGUACAUAUUUUAA